AUGCCGAAUGCUAUAAAAUUUGAAAAUAAGUUAAUUACCGAUUCAAAUGAAAUCGCAGUCGAACUCAAUAACUUUUUUUCGUCAAUAGGACAUAACCUAUCAAACAAGAUUCCUUAUGUAGACAACAACUCUGUUGAUGAAUUUAUAUCAUCACCAAAUUCAACUUUAAAUUUUUCAAAUCUAACUUAUAAUGAAUUCGAAAUUGCAUUUAAAUCAUUAAAAAGAAAUAAAGCAGUAGAGCCUGAUGAUAUAAAUGGAAAUAUUGUAAUCGACUCUUUUAAUGAGAUUAAAGAUAUCCUCUUCAAAGUCUUCAAAGCAUCUAUUACUCAAGGAUCGUUUCCAAAUAGUUUGAAAAUAGCCAAAGUAACUCCAAUCUUUAAAACAGGUGACCAUACCAACAUAACAAACUAUCGUCCUAUCCCAGUUCUACCGAGAAACAGUUCUACUGAACACGCUAUUCUCCAAGUAACACGCAGUAUUGCCGAUUCAUUUAAGAAUUCUCAAUUCACACUAGGCAUAUUCAUUGACUCUUAA